AUGAGUGUAUUCUUCAACAGUUUCUUGUUCUCACUCAAGCCAAUGACGAAUGCCAAUGAAUACCAUGCCGAGAUGUAUGGGGUACAUACAUGGCUCGUGCCCAUAAAAAGCCCUAUCGUCUUCGAGGGGGAUGCACCGCCCGACCCAGGAUACCUCCAUCUACAUGCAUAUGUGACAGAUGUGCUCCAACAAAGUGGUGCGGGGAAGGUCAUUGAUAGGAUUCUUAAAUGUCUCCCUACAUGGAUGUGCCCGACGGAUAUAAUUGACCUUCAGGGAGUCUUGGACAUGCUUAACCUUCGUUAUUCGCUGGUAACAGCUUUGAAUUUACCUGCGUACGGUGAUAUUCUUUUUUAA